AUGCCAACAUGAGGUCACUUAGGUUUACAAGAUAGAGCAUCCCCACUUAUAGAACAAUUAAUUUUUUUUCAUGACCACGCUAUAGUUGUACUCAUUUUAAUUACAACACUAGUAGGUUAUAUAAUAUCAACCCUUUUCUUUAACACCUUCACAAAUCGUUUCUUACUAGAAGGACAAACUAUUGAAAUUGUAUGAACUGUUUUACCUGCUUUGAUUCUUAUCUUCAUUGCCCUUCCUUCGUUACGACUGUUAUAUUUAUUAGAUGAAGUGAAUAACCCUAGCGUAACAUUGAAAACCAUCGGACAUCAAUGAUACUGAAGAUAUGAAUAUUCAGACUUCCUCCAAGUCGAAUUUGAUUCUUAUAUAAUUCCUUCCAAUGAAUUACCUGAGGACGGAUUUCGACUUCUAGAUGUAGAUAAUCGAACUGUGUUACCAAUAAACACUCAGAUCCGAGUUUUGAUUAGUGCUGCUGAUGUAAUUCAUUCAUGAACAGUGCCAGCACUUGGUGUUAAGGCAGAUGCCAUUCCAGGACGACUUAAUCAAGUAAGUUUCUUGAUAAACCGGCCAGGGUUAUUUUAUGGUCAAUGUUCAGAAAUCUGUGGUGCGAACCAUAGAUUCAUGCCUAUUGUGAUCGAGAGAGUAUCAGUAAAUUCCUUCUUAAACUGAAUUUCUUCUUCCAGAGAAGCCU